AUGGACGAUUCUACCAUGCCUCCUCAAGCGGACCACGACAUGUCACCGGACGAAACAAUAUCUCUCCCAAUACACCAUCGUGGUGAGGCUCGGACUCUCUCUCUCACAUCAUCAUCAACACUGCAGGAUCUCUCGAGUCUGAUAACUCAGAUCUUUGACAUACCCCCAGAGAACCAGAAACUCUUGAUCUCUCCAAAGCCCGGACUUCUCAAGCCUCCAUUCCCUCCCACCCCACUCUCUUCUCUCGCCUUAUCUUCUCCCCGAUUCAAAAUAGCCCUACUUGGAAGCACAAGUUCAGAGUUAACCUCCCUUAACAAACCCGUCUCUGAGAAGGAACGGCAACCACACCAGCGCCACAGCUCACCCGUCAAACCCGCAACACCCCUGUCCACCCGGCGCACUCAAGCCCAUUCCUCCUCGCAAUACACAUUCCACAGACUCCUUCCGCUACCCUACCUCCCUAACCCUGACCGCAGCCUCGCAUACCUUGCCCGCCUCCGCGAUGACCCAGGAAUCCGUUCCGCAAUGGCCAAACAUAGAUUCUCGGUCCCCCUCCUGACAGAAAUGAACCCCAUCGAGCACACAACCCUCUCAUCUCGGACUCUGGGACUAAACCGAAACAAAGGAGAGGCUAUAGAAUUGCGACUGCGCACGGAUGCGUACGACGGAUACAGAGACUAUCGAACUAUUCGCAAAACGCUCUGCCAUGAACUGGCGCAUUGCGUGCACAGUGAGCAUGAUCGUGACUUUUGGAAUUUGACGGCGCAGAUUGAAAAGGAGGUGGAGAGUGCAGACUACUGGGGUAAAGGUGGAAAGCGGCUAACGGAAGAGGAGUUUUACAAUCCGGCGGAUUGGGAGGAGAUGAAAAGUGGUGGCGAGGUGAUGGAUCAUGGGGGCUGGACUGGCGGGGAAUUUGUGCUGGGCGGAGGAGCGGGGACGGGGCUGACUCGGCGGGAGAUCUUGGCGAGAGCAGCGGAAUCCCGCGCUACCAGAUUUAAAGAGAAAAGUGCAGAAGACGGAAAUAAUAGCACGCAAGAGUAA